AUGAUUCAGCCAGAACCCACCAUCAGUAAUCUUGCUGCCUUCAAACAGAGUGAAGAUGAGCCUGCCCAAGACUUCAUAACCAGGUUCAGAAAGCUUAAAAUGAAAUGCCGAAUCCCUAUGGAGGAGAGGCACUUCAUUCAAAUGGCUCAAGCCGCCCUUAAAAUCUCUCUAAGGAAGAGAUUUGAUGGGAUGCUGUUUGGAGACCUGGCAAAACUAGCAGACAAAGCAUCUAAAUACGAGGAGCUGCUAAGGGAAGAACAACAGAGAAGGAACUCCUCAAAAGGCACAUACUACAAAACCCCAUCUUCUUCAGUGCAUCUGGUCGAGGUAGAAUCGGAAGAAGACACAGAAAGCUUGAAGGAAAGAGAAGUUGCAAUGGCAGAAAUGACAAAACUAAAACAUCCCAUCAGCUGCAAGGCUUUGACCAAGCCACCUAAGGACCAGAAGCCGCCACCAUUUGCAGGAGGGUUUGUUCCAAAUAGACCAGCACAGAACAAAGUUUAUUCCUUCGAUUUAAGCAAGGUUGAUGCUUUGUUUGAUGAGAUGCUACUACAUAAGGCAAUAGAGACACCCCAUAGUUGCCUAAGCCAGAGAAACUCAAGGGCAAACAAUAUUGCAAAUGGCACAACUCUUGGAACCAUUCCACCAAUAUGUGUGUUGUUUUCAAGGACGUCAUACAAGAAGGAAUAA